AUGGCCGACAAUCCAUUUGGUCAGGUUGGCGGGUUUUUAUCAGGCCUACUUAAUCCCGUCUCAGAGGAGACAAAGACACAGAAUGUCAUCAACACACCUAUCGCAACGUCAACAGGCGCCCGAGAGACAUCUACCUAUUCGUCCCUCUCUGCGACUGCGCGAACAGCCUCUGCGAUCGACUCAACGCCCAGCACAAGCGUACUGACGAGCAGCACGACUGCGAUCUCGUCUACGCCAUCGACAACAUCAAUUCCGUCAACGAUAACCGAGCAGCACACGACCUUUGAUCCUGCAGCAACUUCCAUUGCGAUAAGCACUUCUUCAACUCUGCCAUCUUCUACUGCUGCAACUACCGCUGGCCCAGCACAGACAUCACCUGUUAAUGCCGGCGCAGUAGCAGGGGGAGUAGUGGGAGGUCUAGCUGUCCUGGCACUGCUAGUAUUUGGCAUACUAUGGCUCAUGCGACGUCCCCGUAAAACACCGGAUGAGAAAAAAGAUCAUUCCAGCAAGCCAUACGAAAAUUCUGUCAUCAGUUUGGUAGCAUUUGGGAAAGAUACCAAUGAUUCGAGACCUGUUACAUCAUCACGUCCAUGGAACACUUCCUCUAGCUCAUCGAACAAAACUUUCUCGUCUUCUGCUCACUUGGUCGGACCUUCCAUUUACGUGACAGAUGAAUAUGAUCAAAGGAGGAAAAUUUGCGAGCUCCCUGGCUCCGCGCCCGUACAGCCGAGCAGUGAGCUGGAGAGUGGACAGAAAUAUCAUGCCUAUCGCCCGAGGGGGUUCCGAUGAGAGAAAAAA